UUGACUUUGACAGACAGCCAUUGGGGGAAAAAAAACUACAGCUGAGAUUUGUUGUGAGAAACUUUGCGUAAUUUAGCUAAUUUUAUGAGUGAAACAGUGCUAUAACUAUGUGCUUGUGACUAUUUAUUGUCGUCUAAUUAAACAUGGAAGCGGUGUACGCAUGUGGCGUAAUAUGCAUUGAGUUCAUCCAAUCUUGGUUUAAAAACUAUGCAGAAUACUUUGAGAAUGUGAACGACCUGGCCAACCCGCAUCAUGGGUUCGAGCUGUUUGUUCCGAUUGUGGGCAUCUUCGACUCGGUGUUCGCAUCACAAUAUUUGCUGUGCAUGGCGUUCGGGAGCUGGCUGAAUGCUGUCUUGAAAUGGUGCUUCCUAGAAGAGCGUCCGUACUGGUGGGUGCGAGAGACCACAUACUACAAGGGCCAGAGUCGUCCCACACUGGCGCAGACAAGCCAGACGUGUGAGACGGGCCCGGGGAGCCCUUCAGGACACGCCAUGAUCGUGGCCAUGGAGUUACUGUUGAUUGUGAUGUGGAUCUCGCAUGUUAUGAAUGACAGGAAGUGCUACGUAUGGUGGUGGAAGCACAUAACCUACCCGAUAUGUGCAGUGGUGCUCGCAUCUACGAUGUUGGCGCGACUGUACGUGGCUGCCCACUUCCCACAUCAAGUCGUUUUGGGAGCUAUUAUUGGGGCAUUCCUAGCACCAGCCCUCUGCAUCUACAUUAGUGACCCGGCAGUCUGGGGCCACCGCCGUCGCGACCCCCUGAUACAGUGGAGGCACACGGCGCUGUCUCUCACUGCUGUAGUGACGGCGUGCGCGGUGUACUGGGGGCUGAAGUGGCUGCACCGGGACCCCAUGUGGAGCGUGCAGAUGGCCUUCCGUUGGUGUCAAGUGCCGGAGAACAUCCACGUAUCGACCACCCCGGUGUAUGCCCUAGUCCAAUCUACGGGCAGUCUGCUCGGCUGGGCACUAGCCGCCACCGCCGCCGUCGACAAAUACCGCCACAACACUAAAGCCCGCUCACUGAUAAUCGCCACCACGGUGCAAUUCGUCUUCGUCUACCUGACCAGGUAUUACCAGGAGAUCAUACCCAGAGAGAAGGCCUGGUUGUACUAUCUACUGAAUUUCAUAGUAUACGCGGCCAAACCCGCCUUGUUCCUGAGAGUGACUCCGUUUUUAGCCAUGUUGCCUUUUAAACAGAAGGUUAAAACUUCUUAGGUGAGUUUUAUUAUGCUGGCUCAGGGCCUCGAGUGCGAGUUUUUUCACCUAUCGAGAAGUGA